AGACAAUUUGCGCCCAGUAAAACUUUUAUUUAUGUAGUCACUUCCACUUAUAUAAAGUAGAUGUCCACAACAACAACAAAUAAUUUGAGUUCUGUAACGGCUCUUACAUAAUGACAUGUAAUGCGCAUCCAAAGUGUGUUAAGUUGCGAUUGUAAUUCAGAUAUCGCAAUAAUAUGUGCAUUACGGUAGAAACUAGUAAACUCCGCGGACUACACUCAGACAGUUUUGUUACCAAGAGCGUCAACAAACUCUUCUCACAACACAUCAAACUGAUAAGUUCAUAUUGUAAAAACACUUUCUUGAACAUGACAGAAAUAUUUUCAUCGCUUUACGGACAAACUGACGCUCAGGGACCUUCGGGACCAUCAGGAAUGGGGUUCGGGCCCGGAAAACCACUGGCACCACCGGUACCCCAAAACCCAGUACACAUGGCGAUGCCCAUUCCGCACCAGCUUGUAGAUGAGGGGCCCCCUCUCCGAAAACAAAGUGCUGCCAUGAAUGAACCCUUUUACUUAGUGCGAGAGCUGCCAAUGGAAAAUGAACUGACUGGAAACACCAACCUAAUUACACACUACAAUCUGGAACAUGCAUACAACAAGUUUUGUGGUAAAAAGGUGAAGGAGAAGCUGAGCAACUUUCUCCCAGAAUUACCAGGUAUGAUAGACACAACAGGUCUUCAGGAUGGAAGUUCUUUGCGCUCCCUUAUCGAGAAGCCCCCAGUGUGCAACAACUCCUUCAGUCCUCUUACUGGAACCAUGCUCACUGGGUUCCGAUUACACACUGGCCCUCUUCCCGAGCAGUACAGACUAAUGCACAUUCAGCCACCAAAGAAGAAGAGCAAACAUAAACACAGACAUCACAGACCCCAGGACCCCUUACCCCCAGAAACCCCAUCAGAUUCAGACCACAAGAAAAAGAAGAAGAAGAAAGAUGAUGAUCCUGAUAGAAAGAAAAAGAAGAAGGAUAAGAAGAAAAAGAAGAACCGUCACAGUCCUGAUCACCCCGGCAUGACCGGCUCUCAGCCUAGCACCAGCAGUCUGAGGUAGAAGCCCACAGGAAGGGAGAUGAAGCAAGAAUUCAUUGUAAAUAGCAUUAAAAGACAAGCGAUCAUUUUAAGACUGUGUGUGUGUGUGUGUGUGUGUGUGUGUGUGUGUGUGUGUGUGUGUGUGUGUGUGUGAGAAAGAGAGAGAGAGAGAGAGAGAGAGAGAGAGAUAGGGAGAGAGGGCACUGCAUGAACAGUGGACUAAGCAGUGCAGACCUUUAUGCCUUUAUUUUUACUCUUGUAUAUUACUUGUGUAUAUGCUUCGGACAAGACAACGACCAUUUUUGUUCCGUCAAUUAGAAAUUGUCUGUUUACUUAUGCAAUUAUUAUUGAAAAAUGUCAUGGACACUGUGAACAUCUUUAAAUCAGUAAAUUACUUUUUUACUUUU